AUGUUUUUGAGUAAGAACUGCAGUUCUGAGCUGGCUGGGAAGAUUGGGAAUAUUUUGAGGGGAGUGGUUAUUAAAAGAUCUUCCAGGUACCUUGGGCUCCCCCUGGGUAUUGGUGCUUCUAAAAAGGAUGCUUUUCAAUUUGUAGAGGAUUCUGUGAGAGUAAGAAUUGAGAGUUGGAAGAACAGUUUGCUGUCGACUGCUGGGAAGGAGGUGUUAAUUAAAUUUGUAUUGCAAGCACUCCCAGUGUAUGUCAUGUCAUGCUUUAUGAUCCCUAUUGGUCUGUGUAAGAACAUAUGCAGGUUAAUGGCUAGAUUCUGGUGGAAUAAGAAUAGUUCUAAUGAUCACAGCCUGCACUGGAAAGCAUGGGAGAAGAUGGCUAUUCCUAAAUCUGAUGGUGGGUUGGGCUUUCUGGAUAUCAGAACCAUGAACAAAGCUCUAAUUCUUAAGCAACUCUGGAGGCUUAUUGACCAGCCUGAGCUUCUGGUGUCAAAAGUGUUGAAGGCCAGGUAUUUCCCAAACUCUUCUAUCUUUGACUGGCAGUUUUCACAUGGGAAUUCCUGGUUAUGGAAAUCUUGGUCUUCUGUUAUCCCUGUUCUUAAAGACCAUCUGAAUAUUCUGAUUAGAAAUGGUGCUGAUGUUAAGAUCUCUGAUCACAAAUGGGUCCCUGGAAUUAUAGGAGGCAAACCCUCUCUUAGGGUGCAGAUUGAUGGCCAGAUGUUUCUAGUUCAGGAUUUGAUUUUAGCUGGUGGUUGUGGUUGGGAUGAAAACCUGGUUAAGGCUUUGUUUUUAGAGGAGGAUGCUGAUAGAAUCUUGCAGAUUAAUUCUUUAGAUCCCAGGUUGGCGGACCAGUGGAAUUGUUCUUUUGUGGACAAAGGGAAGUUCUCAGUUAAGAGAACUUAUAAGUUUCUUGCUGCUGGGUUAGUGAGCUCUGCUGAGGGAGCUGAAUGCAGUCUGAUGGCAGGUAACAACAAAAAAGCCAGACUUAGAUGCUGGAACUUGAAGAUCAUGGGAAAGGUGAAACACUUUAUAUGGACUUGUUUCUCUAACAUUCUGCCAGUAAAUGUGAACCUGUCAUCCAGGGGGCUUGAUAUUGAUAUAAUUUGCAAAGUGUGUGGUGAAGCUGAAGAGACCCUUGACCAUGUGUUGUUCCAAUGUGAUAGAGCAGUGAGGGUGUGGCAGAUUGCUCCAGUUCAAUGGAACAGAGUUAGCCAAGAACAACUGAGUUUUAAGCAUUGGUGGUAG